AACGUCACUUAGGGCAGCGCCGCCAUGUUGAAAAUUGAGUUGGGACUCGGGAGACGUGACGUGCUGGGCUUUUUCUCAACACGCCACUUUCGGAUUUGCUUUUUGUUUUGUAUGAAAAGUCCUACAGCGGGACAUCUGUAAGCCGCGAUCAACCGUCUAUAUCGUCUUUACACUCCCCGCGUGUGAAGAGAAGGGUAAAUGUAACGGAAACUAUCGCAGUUCGAAAGUGUUGUGUCAUCCAGGCAUGAGCGCCGCAUGGUGCUAGCUAGCUGGCUAGUUAGCUUUGGCAAACGCUAACAAAAAACAAGGUCUAAAUUCUGCAUCUUCUGGACUUCAUUCCUUACGGUCCACUUACCACACAACACGCACAACACAAUGAUAACCAGGAGAAGAGGCAAUUGCAACACUGCAGUGAAGUCCCUGGAGGUUGAAGGGAGCAGUGCUGUGAAAACUAAAGAAGAUUUCUCAAGUUUCCCUGAGGACUUCCCAGCUGAUGACUUUGACAAAAUAGAAAAGGACCUCGACGACCAGUUGGGAAUGGAAGACCUGGAAUGGAUCCUUGAGAGAGAGACGACAGCCUUGCCAGUCUUUGACAUUGAGCUGGGUAAUCUUUACAGCACCAAGAACCAAGAUUCUGGAGCUGAAUGUUCAACCGCCACCUCUCCGGAGAAUUUGUCACCGGCCUUGAAGAUCAGGAGUAAGCAACGGCGAGACAGCCAAGUGAUCAACAAAAACGCAGUCGCUGCUCGGUUAAAUCGCCUUAAAAAGAAAGAAUAUGUUCACAGCCUGGAAAAAAAAGUGGGCAUCAUGUCCACGGAAAACAGCACGCUCAAAGCAGAAAACUCUCAUCUGACCAAAAGAGUGGAGGAAUUGGAAGAUGAGACCAGGUACCUGCGAGCAGUGCUGGCCAAUGAGAGCAUGUUAGCUCAGCUGUUGUCACGGCUGAGCGGUAUGAAUGGCAUGAAAUUAUCCUCCUCGCUUUUCCAGGGCGCUGACUCAAAUGAGCACGACUACGCUCUGCCACGGAAACGCGUGAAAGUGGAGGAGAAAGAGACAUCCGGUGGCGUGUGCCUCCACGUGGACAAGAACCACGUCUCAGUGGAGUUCUGCACUAAGUGUGCAGCGAGCGCGAGCGCAUCUCUUAAAAUUUUCUUCUAGGUAUUGGUUGAUCUACCAUGAGGGGUGAAUGGCUUUCUGAACACCUUAACCUGCUUGACUCCAUGUGGAUUCUGCUGGUGGAGGUUGAAGAGACUGGACAAGCUGCUGCCACCGUGGGCUGGUAUUUUUUUUAAGGUAGUAUCGGUAACAAUGGUAUAUGUUUUUUUUUAAAUUUUGCCUAUCGGCCAGAGUUUCUUCAGUGGGUUUUUGGAAGCUCAGUUCAACUCCACCAUCACGUGUGAUUUUUGUUGUCAUGGUAAUUGAAGUAUUCCAUUCAGAAGCACUCGCUUAGCCGAUGAGAUUGUCAUCAUUUAUAAUCAAUUGUAAAUGUGUACAUAAUUUGAAUAUGUGUCCUUUGAGGUAAUUGGCCUCUGAUAAGAGAUGGAAAAAUAAAUCAUAUUUUAACUAUG